CACUGCUGUUCUUGUGACCAGUGAACCGUUCUGAUGUGGUGACCUUUCCUAAGGAUGUGACCCGAUGAUGGAGCUACAUAAAAACUUACCCUUCGGCGAUGCCAUGGAACCAGUUCAAACGUGAGCUUACCACGGGAAGGUUGCCUGUAAAACUGCCAACCAGUGGAGUUGCGACAACAAAACGUUCAACAUUUCGUUUCUUGGUGUUCUUUUGAGACUUGCGGGUUGGACGAAAAUCCAAGAUGGCGCUAUCAAACGGCCAGAUCGUCGGUAUCUCUGUCGGAGUGAUUCUAUUCGUGGUGUUUCUGAUCUUGGUGCCGCUGUACUGUUACUUCGUGUGGAGAAAGCGGAGGCGGGAAGCCGGCUACUACGAGUCUGAAGAGGAAGGUCAGCCAUCCGCCACUAGCCCCCCUCCCCACUCGGAGAAGAAGGGCGCAGAGAACCUUGGGUACGAGAUCAACGGGGACGAGGUCAACGGCGCGGUGAAUCACGGGAAGGUUCCAGACAACGGCGUUGUCCAAUCGAACGGGCCGGUUUCCGUGGAAACUCCCGCCAAAAUAGAGAUAGAGACUCAGCAGAAAAGUGUUCCGGAGAAACCGGACGAGAUUUCGCUGGACAUUCCCGAGGAGUCGGUUGCGUCAUCAAAGUCCCCGGAUGUGCGUCGGGACAGCGACGCCCUUUCGCGGUCUUCGCUGAACUCUGACCUUGACUUGGACAACAUCUCGCUGAAGAUGAGAGGACUCGGGGACACAGACGACAUUUUGACGUCGGUCAUGUCGGUCAAAAGUCCCUUCAACUUCGACGAACAAAACGUCAGCAAGGACGCAGAGGUCACACCUGAAGUCAAGGACGAAUCGAAUCGUAUGUUCGAUUUCGACAGUCUCGGGAAGGACACGAGAUUAUCAGAAAACGACGACGUGCCUGAAGUAAUAAUUCCUAACGAUUCGAACGUUCCGCAGGACAGGAGCAAGCUGUAUCAGGUUUCGGACAUUCCCGGAAACGACCUUGCGCCUAGGGAGAAUCUAUCCUUUGAUCUGGAAAGGAGCGACAGCCUUUCGCUGAGUUCGGCGAGUUCAAAGGAGACCAUCAUAGAAAUGCCCGGGUUCGCGCAGAGGGACGCGUCCCCGCACCUCGAACAGAACACGUUCCAAGGUGACACGACCUUCGGAGAAGAGCUGACCUUGAGUGACCUUGAGGAGGACCUAAACUCCUGGGAGAUCGAACAGCCGGUUCUAAAGUCGAUAGAGCCACUGGAGGUGGAUCAGCUGGUUCUACAGAGGGCUGACAUCUCACAAGUAGAGGUCAACGCAGAAGAACAGGUGGACAAAUCGAACGUUGAACCGGAAGUAGAAAUCCAGAUUGAGAAAGCAGCGGAAGUGGUGGAGAUGCCCGAUGACGUCAUACCGAACGGCCAUGACGUGGAGCCGAUGACGUUAGGGGUUGAGAUGGCCAGCGACUCGGACUCCGGGUCUGACGUGCCGACGUGUUCCAUCACCAUGGCAGCGGAGGACUCCAGCAGCACCGACGCAUCGGCGGGAGAGAACGACGGGACCGUCUCCGUUCGAAUCCCGGAAAGGACGUCACUGUCAGACGACAAGGUCACCGAGUCGGACACUCUGCUUUCCCUGGAUAAAACCCCGCCUGCUGUCAUGGGAGACAGUUUCGCUACGAGUAUUUUCUCCACUCUGGACUCCGGUGUUCCAAAACAGCAGCAAGAGCCGCCGCCAUCUUUAAACGAGGAGCCAGAGGUCACCGUCUUGUCCUUCAGGAACAAAGAUGGCGGCGAUGAUGACGACGACAGCGUCUCCCUGUCUUCUGCGUCAUCAGGCUCCUCCGGCGGGUCAAAGGGCGAUGUUCUAAAGGAGAGUCUGGCAGUAGAGGAACCGCACAGCCCGCCGUUUAGCCCCAUCACUCCUCUGAGGAAGAAAUUUUUCUCCCCAACCCCGGAAAUCGGGAUGACGGGAACACAGAUGACCAGUUCGCCUCUACAACUUGAACCCGAAACGGGGGAAGCCAGGACAGUGACAGACAAGGAGCCACCUUGGAAAUCGUUCGAUUUGUCGCCUACUUCGAAGAAAGAGGUUGGCUCAGAACUGGAAACAGUCGCGAAAGUCGACGAGGUGUCUUCACAGGUUUCCAUGGAGACCACGCCGGAACCAGAAGUCGGUAAAAUUGACGAACAGUUCGAGGAAAAGGCUCUGACAUUCGCGACACCAGACGAAAGUCGCGUGGUGGCGGAUUCGGCGUCGUCUGAGGCGAGCAGUUCCGAGUCGGAGAGGCCGAACGUGGACAGCGACGCGCCCGAACAAACUGUGACCACAGAAACUCCUUUAGAAACAGAGAAAGUAGAAAAUGAACCCGCGACUGUAACUAUAGAAACAGAGAAAGUAGAGACGCCUCAGAUGGAAAAGCCACUCGUGGUUCAAGAGUCUAAGGCGUUUGAAUCUGUCUUAGAAAGACCAAGUUUCGACAGAAAAGCGCCAGAGCCUACAGUAGGGUCCCCGAGUGUCAGUAUAGGCGGUGACCCCACGGAUGACGUCGUGUCCUCUGUCGGGUCAGCUCUGACGUCAUGGAAAACCCGGAAGCCUUGGCGCACGCGCGGUAGGCUGGAUGACGACAGCAGCAGCGGCCGGUCCACGCCGGAGUCGGAGAAGGCGAAAGACGCGUCUUUUUUCUCGAGUCUUCUCGGCACGUCCAAGGAAGACGCGAUAAAGGACUUAAGGAGUAACAAGAAGAGGAGCGAAGUUACAAGGAGCGACUCAAGAACGCCUCGGUUUAAGUACACGGGGUUUUCAAGAACCUACCAAGACGAAGAAGAAGACUUAAGAAAGGGUGACGCAUUUUCUUCCCCCACGGCAAACUUGGAAGGACGUUUAGCCGCAAAGACGGAAACUGAGUCGCAGAAAGAAGAACAACCGCAGGUGAAAUUGGCAGCGAAAGAAAUAGAAGAUAAACUUUCCGAAUCGACGAGCUUGGAGACACCACUAAGAAAGAACAGGCACCUCAACUCCCCUGACACAACAUCCCAACCUGAACAAGCAUCAGAAACUCCACCGAGAAGGAAGAUAGACGACAUCAUACAACAUCUCAACAACCGUUCGGAGGGACAAAAAUCGGCUGAGAGAACAGUUGACCAGUCCCCUAGCCCAGAGCCCGUACCCGUGGCACACGACACCCCAUACCGACCACCCCUACCUAGUCCUGACCACCUUACCCCGUCACAGAGGCAACUCGCACAGCAAGAGUCAGUGUCUUCUGCCGCGCCUAGCCGCCCUCCUCUGCCGAGUACACCCAACCUCAGCCGCACGGAGAGUUAUAAAGCGUUAACUCCGGAGCAGCAAAGUGAAAUCAUAUCCGCCAAAUCAACACCGAGGACUACGAAAGAUGCAGUCCAAGAGGGCACUCCGAUGGUCGCGGCGACGACGCCGAAAGUUGCCGACACAACGCCGAAUGUUGCCGAGGCAACGCCGAAGAUUCCCGACUCAACACCGAGGAUUCUCGACACGACAGCACCGAAAGUGCCCGAGGCAACACCGAAAGUUGCCGACUCAACCCCGAAAGUUUCCGAGACAACACCGAAAGUUCCCGAGACGACACCGAAAGCCAGAGACACACGGAAAUUCCCUGCCAGAACACGCGACAAACCGCCUGUCUCCAAACUGUCCCCAGCGAGAUUGUCUCCCUACACCCCCAUGCCGUUCAGCAGGGACCGACACACGUCGCCACCCUCCGUCUCAACGACGCCGCCUAGCGCCGGGGUAGCGAAGGGCAGGCGGCCGCGCGGGGUGGCCCGCUUCAUGAGCUCCAGUUCGAACCCGCUGUUCCACGCCGCCAUGUUGCUCAACGACGAGGAAAAUAAGAAGAACGCGUCCGCUCCGGAUCAAGAAAAGAAGAACGAGAGUCUUAGAAACGGGAGAGGUUCUUCACCAAGUCUCAAGACAAGCCCUGCACCUCAAGAACAAUCUCCCAAACCUUCACCAACAGCCAAGACGGAAAGCGAAGGUGUGAAGGCUCCUCCAAGAAAAUCGCGCGGCUCCGACCCAGCGACGAACGGAGAGUCGGAACAGUCCGCUUCGGGUCUUCGGAAGGACUCGGCGCUGCUUCGGACGCCGUCGUCGGUGUCGAGGGCUUCCGAGGACGGUUCGGAAUACGGCGAGGCGGUGUCGGUGGCGCUGGAUGACGCGUUCGCCAUGCUGGACGAUAUUUGAUCAGAACUUGGAUGUAAAAACUGGCAAAACUGUUGAGAAAACGUACCAAACAAGAAAUUGAGAUUUGAGACCCCUAGGAAGUGUUUUGGGUCUUCGUGUUUUGGAUUGCGGAGGGUAUUGUAUGAUGUUAUUUGGGGUUUAACAGGGGAAUCUACAACGAAGACAAGACAUGGUUGAAAUAGACUGAAUUGACUGAACUUACAUUUAUGUUCUGUGACAUAAAUGUCACAGUGUGACAAUGUUACAACCCAAGCGUGUUGUAUCAAAAUGAAAAUAACAAUGUAUAAAAAUGAGCUUGCCUGUUACCUAUACGUGUAUCUUUUUGUAUUAUCAGAUUGUUGAUAAUGUUUAUAUCAUUGUGAAAGUUGUAAAGGUAUAUCAUAUGCCAGAAUAUCAAUGCUGGGUCGGUGUGUAACCAAAUAGUGGAGUUUAACAGUUGUACUAAUAUUGGCCAGUCGCCAUGGCUCUGCAGCGCCUCUAGCGACAGCUGUUUGAGCUGCAAUGAUAAUUCUUGUUUAGGGAAGUUGUUUGUACAUAUAUCAAUGUUUAACAUGUAAAUUAUCAAAUGUAUUAACACCUAAUAUUCCUAGUUAUUACCUCAUAACUCAUAGCCAUGUAUUUUUAACAAAAUAUAUUUCUCCCUUGUAACAUAACAGGUAUAAAAGCCAUAUAAACUUUGUAAUCGGUGGAGAGAAUUCUACUAAUAUAAGAUAGUGACAACUAAGUAUGGGCAACGUCGUCUACUAAUUAUUCUAUAUAACAUGGAAAGCUGCUUGCGGAUUUGAAGAAUUCUGCUCGAAAAAAAUGUAGUAUUUUCAACUCUCAUUUGUACUGAUGGUGUAAUGUAAUAAUAAUGAUGACGAGCUUUCUACCAGAAAUGUUAAAAUUAGACAAAAUUAUAGAACUCUCAAGGAAGACGCUUUGGUCUGUAGAGUAAUUAUUCCUUGUAUGGGUUUCGUGUCAUGUUGACAGAGCAGAAUUAUACGCGGUGAAGUAGUAUAUAUUGUGUUCUUGCGAAUACUACUAAGUCUACAAAUAUUCCGGCAAGUUCGGAGUAAACUUGGGCAUUGCAAAUGUCCUGUAAGAAUGUCUAGGAUUAUCACUGUAUACUUUCUAUGACGAUGACUCUAUAUAUACCUUAGAUAUUUCCAAUGUAGAAUUCAUUCUGUAUUUAUAUACAUUUGUACUUAUUUAUACAGGUACUAAAAUUCACCCACGCAGACGUUUCCGAACGAUGUUAACACAUGAUUAAUUAUGUACAUGUACGUACGUAUGGAAAUGUGCAAAUAUAAACA